AUGACCUUCCCACUCCCCCUGAAGUCCCGCCUUCCCUCUGCUGUGAGGAGUUUGAUUCUACAGAAGAAACCAAACCUCAGAAACAUGUCCAGCCUGGCUAGGGGGCUCCAGCCAGCCAGUGUGGUGGCCCUGCCCAGGUCCCUUGCUCCGGCCUUUGAAAAGUUCUGCCAAGUCAACAGUGGCCCUCUGCCGCUGCUGGGCCAAAGUGAGCCAGGCAAGUGGACGUUGCCUGCCCUGGGUGCUGUCCCAGGUACCAGGACGGGCUGUCCCCAGUUCUGGAAGUAUGAGUUCGGCACCUGCACGGGCAGCCUGACCUCGCUGGAGGAGUCCUCGGGGCAGCUGAAGGACAUGAUGGCCUUCCUCCUGGGCAGCAGCUUCUCCCUGGAAGGGGCCUGGGAGAAGGGGGGACUCCCCAGAAGGGACUCAGCAGGCCACGGCCACAUGGGUGCAUACAAGACAGAGGUGCCUCGUGCCACCAUUGCUGGCUUUUGCUGCCCUCUGGUGGUCACAGUGAGGCCCGUUCCCAAGGACAAACUGGAACAGCUGGUGCAGGCCUGUUGCUCCGUGGGGGGUGAGCAUGGACAACCGGUUCACACUGGCGACCCAGAACUGUUGGGUAUCAAAGAUCUUUCCAAACCUGACCACGGGGAGCCUGUGGUGUGUCAGCCAAGGCACGUUCCAGUGUUCUGGCCUUCUCAGCUGACCAGUCUCGAAGCUGUCAGCGCCUGCAAGAUGCCACUGGCUUUCACCAGCGCACCGGCUUGCACAGUUAUGACUGACCUGAAGGGUACAGCGGCUCCGGCCAGAUGUCUCACCCCUGAGGGAAUGCCAGAGGUCCAUCACAUUUCCCAGGAUCCUUUGCACUGCAGCAUGGCGUCAGCUUCAGUCGCUCAGAGGGUCAGAGAACUGGAGAUGAUAAUUGCCAUCGACCCCGGCAGCCGAGGUCUCGGACACCUGCUCCGUCCAGGCAAGCUGCUGCGGGCCUUCCUGUCUCUGUCCCACACCUGCUCCGUGCUCCGCACCACCGGCUUCCCCGAGCCGCGCAUCUCAACCACGCAUCUCAACCACGAGCCUCCGGAAGAGACGGACGGCCCGCCGGGAGCCGCGGCUCUGGCUGCCUUCCUGCAGGCCUGGGAGAAGGGGGUCUCCAUGGUCGUCGACCAGAGAGCCUUGAAUUUGUACAAGAAGCUUGUUGACGAGGCUGUACAGCGAGCUCGCCCCAUCGACCCACUGGGGGGGCCGCGACAGCUCCCAAAGGGCUUGUGGUUUGACCGUCUGGUGGCGAUCGAGCGCACGGGAGGGGCUGCCGAUGGCGAUUACUACAACGCAAGGAAGAGGAACAUCAAGCACUUGGUGGACCCCAUCGAUGGCCUUUUCCUUGCAGUGCAGAAGAGUUCUGGAAUUUCAACAACUGUUCCCUUCCCUCCCGGGGUCGGUGACGGAGGGAACGAGCUUGGGAUGGGCAAAGUCAAGGAGGCCGUGAAGAGGCACAUACGAAAUGGGGACGUCAUUGCCUGUGACGUGGAGACUGACUUUGCGGUCAUCAUCGCUGGCGUUUCUAACUGGGGAGGUUAUGCCUUGGCCUGUGCUCUGUACAUCCUGAACUCAUGUGAGGUACACAGACGUUAUCUGAGGAAGGCAGUUGGGCCCUUCAGAGCACCUGGAGAACAGAACUGGACUCAGGCCCUCCCAUCCAUCACUAAGGAAGAAAAAAUGUUGGGCAUCCUGGUGCAGCAUGGAGUCCGGAGCGGAGUCUCGGGCACCCUAGGCAUGGAGGUGGACGGGCUGCCCUUCCAUGGCACUCACGCCCAGAUGAUCCAGAAACUGGUAGACGUCACCAUGGCGCAAGGGUGA